AUGUCAAUUCAUAUAUAUGAAACAUGGUGGUGUUCUUCUGCAAUUGAUCCAACCGUUAGGAAAAAACCUCAAAUUCUAAAAAUUAAAAGAGUUCAAAGAUGUAAAACAACAAUAAGUAUGCCUCCAGUGAAUAUACCAAAUUGGUGUCUGACUGAUAAAACUCUUAAAAGUUUUAAUCGUUCAACAAAUGAAAUUCCAACAUAUGAUUAUAAUACUGAUCAAGAUGAAGAAAGUGACGAAUAUCAUAAUGAAUUAAUGAUGAAUAUGAAAAUAAAAAAAUAA